AUGGACGACGCCGACACGUAUCGCAAGGUAGCACAGGGCCUCGUGGACGGUACCGUCACCCGGCGGUCCAUUUAUGACAAUCUCCCCAGCCAACUCAGGGUCUCUGGGCCGCCCCUACCCGUUCCCGCCGGCGUCAUCGCAUCGUCUCCCCGUCGAAACUCGCAGGCCACCUCUUCUUCCCGGGCCUCCAGUACCGAUGUCCGGCCAGCAACAUGUCCGCAUUGUUUCGGCAACCUGCUCGCUGCGUCUUCGCUAGCCGAUAGCGACGAAUGUUCCGGGAGGACAAGCGAGCGCAACCCGUCGGCGGAAUCGCAGUCCGAGGCCAAUUGGCUCACGACGCCGGGCUCCACUGCCGCCCCCCCUUCCCUUCCUUCGUUGUCUGGGAACGAAAAGCCGCAGCAGGUCGCGCCUUGGACGCGUACUGGGUGGUCGAUCGAGAGAAUCAGGACCCAUCUUGAGUCCCUCCUGACGUGGGACUAUCUGCCCUUCUGUUUCCUCUGCAAGGACCCCUUUCUGCAGGACUUUGCAAGCGGAGAGGGGCGUUACUGCUCUCCGGCGCUUGUCAACUCCCUCCUCGCCUUAUCGACGAGAAUCGUGGACGAGCAUCAGCAAGCCCAUCCACAGGAGCACGAGCAAGAGCCGAAGAACUAUCUCGUCAGUGCGGCCCAGGACGGGUCUCCCUCCUCUGGCUGUUCUGAUAGUCAGGCCUUGUUCGACGAGGCUGACGCUCUCAUAAGCGGCCAUGGCCAGCCGAGCAGCCUGCCGGAUAUCCAAGCUCUUGGCAUGCUGGCCCUUUAUCAAUUUAGCUGUGGUCACGAGGCAGAGGCGAGAAAGCUCGCCGGGGCUUUUGCGGCAACGAUUACAGAAUUAUGCCUGAAGCAAACGGUCGCCACGGGAAGCCAGGACAACCAGUACGCCCUGGUUCGCGCGAAGACAUAUUGCGGGGCCAUCUCGCUCGUCCGAAUACUCAAACUCCUAACAGCCCAGCCUUCUGGGAUGCACGUCACAAUGUUGCGGGACGACGGGGUUGCCCUUGACCAGCCGUCCUGCGCCUAUGGGCCUAACAACGCGCCCGUUCUCUCUAGCGAAUUGCCGGGCGAGCACUGGUCUCAACUCAGCAGCCUGCAGCUCAUCCCGGCCAAGAUUUUCCAGCUCACCGAAUGGGUGUACAAGGCCCUCGCGUCGCCACAAACCGCCACUAACGAUGAGCUGGUGCUGGUAUACCAUCGGUGUCUCGACUGGUACGAGAGCUUCUUUGCCAUGCUCAAGACAGACGUAAACAAUUCGCCUUUCGUGCUUUUCACCCAUAUCUACUACCAGUUCUGUCUGCUCUCCCUUUUCAUGCCCCAUGUGAGCGCGCCUCUCGAAGGACUCAGCGCGCAUCCCCGCGAGAUUUGUCUACAGGCCGCACAGUCAGUCCUUGCGCUCUCACAGUCGUACGCUGGCGUGUUCGGCCUGCAGCGGGUGUCUCCGCUGGUGCCGUACUUUGUGUGUGCGGCGGGGCUUUUAUGUCUCGCCGUCGAGGAGGCCGGACACGGUAUGCUCGAACCCGUGCCCAUGCCACAGCUCCACAGAGACGACGAUAUCGCCGCCAAGCCGCCUAAGUCCCCGGAAGACACGAUCAAGAAGGAGCCCGAUGAUGACCCUAUGGACGUGGGCACGUACCACAGCUACGCAUCAGACACCAAAUGGCACGCUGCACCAUCGUACGUCAAUAUGCCGGCAGUGGCGCACGCGCGACUGCUGCUGUCCAAGAUGAGCGAGGUGCACCCUGCGGCCACCCUCGCUACUAGCCUCACGGAAAGCCCGUCGCACAAGGGAAACGGCAUGGAGGGGCGGAGUUGA